GUAAUUUAAGUGGUAACAAAGGGGCAUCAUUGGAUCAACACAAGAUCGUAGCCCCAUGAUUUUGGUCUUUCUUUCUCAUAUAUUCUUUUCCCAAUUCCACACCCCUUUCUUAAAUUUUCAUCAUUGAGUCUUUUCGAACCCAAAUAAAUGCGAUUUGGUAGGAUUUAUCACACCAAACGCUCCCCUUUUUAUCUACUCGACCUGUUUUUUCAGAGAGAGAGCUUUGAUUCUUCUACAAAACCCUUUCUGCAAAAUCUCAGUCAUGUUUCAUGCAUAGAAAAGAAGACCCAUCAGAAGAAAUAAAUGAGAAUUUUAAAAGAGAGGGACGUUUUACAGACUACAUGAACAACUGUAACUUGAACCCGGGCCUUUUCUCUCAUUUCUCCACAAUUCGAAGCUCGAAGAAAGUUGGGCUUGAUUUUUUGGGUGGAUUUGGUUUAUGUAAUCUGAUGAUGGUUUGGACAGAACAGGAAAGAGUACAACUUUGAAGUGACAAUUGGUUGAGCAAAAUGGGUGGGUUUAGAAAUGGAGGUUUGCAUGGUUAGAUGAAGGUUUGGUGAAUUUUGGGAGGUUGUUUUCGGUCUUAAUUUUGGUGGUCGGGCAGUUUGGUUUUGUUCGUAAGAUUGUUGUUGAAGUGGGUUUUUGUUAUUUUUUGAUUUUGAGUUGAAAUUUCUGGACUUUUGUUAUUUGGAUUGUGUGGAGUGGUUGGCCCGGCUGUCAAUUGCCUUUUCAAGUUUAGACUAUGAAAGGGAGAGAUUUGAGGUGUGGGUGAGUUCAAGAGGCUGAAUUUUGAUAUCGGGGAGGGAUUGAGUUGGGUAAUUUUUGUUCUAUCAUUAUUGCUAUUGUUUUGAUUUGUAAAUUUUGAUCGGAAUCAGAAGAGUUUGAGAUUUAGAGAAAUAUGUCAGGUGAGAAUAGGUGGAGAAAAUCGGGAAAUUUAAGGUUUGGGUGAGAUUGGACUGAAUGAUGAUAUCAGGCAGGCCGUCAGAGAUGAAUUCUGCAAUGGACGACAUCAAUCUGAUUCGGCAGGCUCAGCGGCAUCACCUGGUGGUGCGGGAAAUCGGUGAAGAAAUCGAUUUGGAGAUUGGGCAUGGAGAUGAUGACCCCUCAUUCGCCAACACACCGCUCGUGGGUGCCCCCCAAGAAACCAAUGCCGAAGAACAGGAAGAGCAUAAGCAGAUGCUUUUGGAUUCUCACCACCCGAACGAAGAGCAAGAGCUGACGAAGCUUCAACAAACGAAAAGGAAGAAGAAAGUGGUGAAAAAAUGGAGGGAGGAGUGGGCCGAUACCUACAAAUGGGCCUUUGUUGAGCACGUUGCUGAUGGGACAACGAGGAUCUUCUGCUCAGUUUGCAAGGACUACGGCCGGAAGCACAGGAGAAAUCCUUAUGGGAAUGAAGGCAGUAGGAAUAUGCAGAUGAGCGCGCUGGAAGAACAUAACAACAGUCUGCUACACAAAGAGGCUCUUCGGCUCCAAAUGGCCUCGAAGGACAAAAUUUUAUCCACGGUGGAUAGGCCCAUUUAUGUAAAAGCUCUUAUGUCUAAGACUGCUGGAUCAAUUGUCGAAGCUCUGUUAAGAAGGGAUCCUCAUGAGCUUGAGUUUAUACAAUGCAUGCAAGAAGUGGUUCAUUCCUUAGAGCCGGUGUUAGCGAAGAAUCAUCAGUACAUCCACAUUUUGGAGCGCUUGCUAGAACCUGAACGGAUGAUUAUCUUCCGAGUGCCGUGGGUUGAUGAUAAGGGAGAGACGCAUGUGAAUCGAGGUUUCCGUGUACAAUUCAGUCAGGUGUUAGGUCCAUGUAGGGGCAGCCUUCGUUUUCAUCCAGCCAUGAACUUAAGCAUUGCCAAGUUUCUUGGCUUCGAGCAGACUCUAAAAAAUGCUUUAUCACCGUACAAACUAGGCGGUGCCGGGGGAGGAAGUGAUUUUGAUCCCAAAGGCAAAAGUGAGAAUGAGAUAAUGCGGUUUUGCCAAAGCUUUAUGGAUGAGCUGUAUCGUUAUCUAGGUCCUGAUCAGGAUCUUCCAGCAGAAGACAUGGGUGUUGGUCCUAGGGAAAUGGGCUACCUUUUUGGACAAUACAGGCGACUUGCUGGUCAUUUUCAGGGCAGUUUUACAGGACCUAAGAUCUUUUGGUCUGGUUCUAGUCUCCGGACUGAAGCCACUGGCUAUGGACUGGUUUUCUUUGCUCAUCUUAUACUUGGAGAAACAAAUAGGGAAAUCAAAGGAUUAAGGUGUGUAGUUAGUGGUGCUGGAAAAAUAGCAAUGCAUGUACUAGAGAAGCUUCAUUCCUAUGGUGCUGUUCCUGUCACAAUCUCAGAUUCCAAGGGCUAUUUACUGGAUGAAGAUGGAUUCGACUAUGCAAAAUUAACACUUCUGAGGGACAUCAAGGUUCAACAGAGAAGUUUGAGAGACUAUGUGAAGUCUUAUGCUCGAGCCAAGUAUUUUGAGGAUGCGAAACCUUGGAAUGAACGGUGUGAUAUUGCAUUUCCUUGUGCAUCACAGAAUGAGAUCGAUCAAUCCGAUGCCCUCGCCUUGGUUAGUUCAGGCUGUCGUAUAUUGAUUGAAGGUUCAAAUAUGCCCUGUACGCCGCAAGCGAUUGAUGUUCUGAGGAAGGCUAAAGUUCUGAUUGCUCCAGCAAAGGCUGCCAGCGCCGGAGGGGUUGCAGUUGGAGAACUAGAACUAAAUCAUGAGUACAAUUUGAUGCAUUGGUCUCCCGAGGACUUUGAAACUAAACUACAGGAAACAAUGAAGCAGACAUUUCAAAAAUCCAUCAAGGCAGCAAGUGAAUAUGGGUUUCUAAAAGAGAACCCCGAGGCUUUGACACAUGGGGCCAAUAUCUGUGCCUUCCUAAAUCUGGCUCAAGCUAUGACUGAUCAAGGAUGCGUUUGAGGUUCAUGCCAAUGCUUACAGUAAUGGCGUAAGUUCUACAAUGGCCAAUGCUCAGCUUACUUCAACACAGUUACGCCGUGCAGGCCCCCUCAACACCAAAUAGGGUCCAUUAUCAAAUCAGCGGGCCAUUCCAGCUGUAUGCAUGUCUCAAGGAGCCUUGUCAUGCUAUAGUGUUAAUGGAGUCGAAAGAUCGAGACACCUGUGGAAGCUUGCAGGGUGUUGUAACAUAUAUAAUAUUGAUUUGCAUAAGCAAAAUUCAUCGAUAGUGUGAAACGGCAUUGUAGAGGGAAUUCGAGAAAGGGGUCCAAAAUGCAUGUUUAACAAGAAUGAGAAUAAGAUGUAUUCUUUACUACCGA